AUGCAAUCAAAAAAUAAAUCACCAUUUCCAUUAUCAAAACUUCCAUUUGACAUUCUAGAAAACAUUACAUCUAUAAUCAUUAAACAUGAGAGAUUCAAGGUGAUCGGAUCAAACAUCAUAUUUAUUAAUAGAACAUUUGCCAAAGCCGCAAUACCUCAAGUAUGGAAAACUAUUUAUAUUUAUGAAGCAAAUGAACAUUCUAAUCAUUCGUCAUUCAAUGAUUUAUUAUUGAAGAAAAUAAGUCGUAAGAAAUCAUUUAUCAAAGAUAUUAAAAGAUUGUCAUUGAACGGAACAAAUUUCACCAACAAAGGAAUAAUUAAUUACAUCAUACCACUUCUCAAAGAUGACAAUUAUAACAAAACCAAGAUAAUUAAUUCGAGUUCUGCAGAAAUUACUAAUUCACCUUUACAAAUGUUACCAAAAAGUACAAUAGAAUGUUUAUUUCUUGGUAAAAUUAAUCAACAAACUUUUACGUCCAAAGGUCUUCGAUCCUUAUUAUUAUUAUGUCAUGAAAACUUAUUAUCAUUGGUGAUAGAUUUAGAUCAUAUAACUUCUUCAUCUACAUCAUCUUCUUCGUUGUCGCCAUCUUAUGUUUUAAAAGAUAUAAUAAUACCAAUAUUUCAAAAUCAAAAAUUGCAAGAAAUUCAUUUAAUAUCUGAUUCAUGGUCAGAAUGGAAUGAUUUUUAUCCUAAACCAAGAUCUGAACAUGAACUGAAAGCAAAAGAAGCUUUAUGGCGAUGGACUUUAAAAUCUUAUUGGGGAAUAUCAAAUAAUUUGAUUGAAUCAUUAAGUAAAAGUAUUAAAACUUUGAAAAUAUUCACUAUUCUGGCUACUUUCAUAUCAGACUAUGAGGCUCUGGAUUUAGAAGAUGAUUUUUUAAAUCCUCCUAAACCUGAUCCGAAAUACAUUUGUUAUAAUAAUAAUAAUCUUGAUUCAUGGAAAGAAAGAACCAAAUCAAGAAGAGGUUGUUUAUAUGCAAAAUACGAAAAUGAUAAUUCUUAUAUUCAAUACAUUCUUGAAAAAAAGGAUUUUGACCAUCAAGAUGGUUCUUUGUGGCAGAUUUAUAAUAAAUUGGAUGAUUUCAAUGAUGAUGAUGUUAAUGAAAAAAUUUCAAAUUUAGAAAAAAAAAUGGAUGCGAAAAUGGAUAACAUAAUGUUGCAAUUACAACAAUUACAACAAUUACUCCAAAGACCUUGA